CUUAUCCAGAAAGAAAUGGCAAAAAACACGAGCCGGCGAUUUUCUCCUUGUAUCGUGGUUCACGGAGGCUCUCAUGCUAUUAUACCCGAUCAAGCCGUAAAACAGUUACUUGUUCAUGGGGUAAAAAACGCGGCUAACGCCGGCUACGAAGUCCUCAAAAAGGGGGGCAAGAACGCUGUUAUUGAUGCUGUAGAGGCAGCGAUAAGGGUAUUUGAAGACAAUGCCCUGUUUAACUGCGGUUAUGGCUCUAAACUAAAUGCACUUGGCAGAGUAUCAAUGGAUGCAAUGAUGAUGGAUGGAAGAUCAAUUGACUAUGGUGGUGUUUGCGGACUAAGGAAUGUAGCAAACCCAAUUACAGUGGCCAAGAAGCUAAUGACCAACUCUAGACACUGCCUACUUACGGGGGAAGGUGGUGACAUGUUUGCACAAGAGAUGGGAGUGCCUUUUGUAUCUGAUGAAAACCUCAUUACAGAAAUGAGAAGGAAACAACUGGAAGCUGCCUUAGAGGCUCUAGAGGUUAAAAUGGAAGAAAAAGAAAAUAAUGAGAAAUUGCUGAAAGUGAAAGAGGACAAGGAAGAAAAAAAGAAAGAUUUAGAGUGUAUGAGCGGUUUUGUGACAGAAUUUCUAUCAAAGUCUGAAAAUCGUGAAGAACUGGAUACUGAAUUGGUCUUAAAAACGAUUGAAGAAAUCAAGAACAUUGAUGAGCAUGACACUGUUGGUGCUGUAGCAAUAGACGAGUUUGGCAAUGUUGCAUGUGGCACAUCAACAGGAGGGAUGACUGGUGUUUAUCAUGGUAGAGUCGGUGAUUCUCCCAUUAUUGGCUGUGGAGGUUAUGCAGAUAAUGAGAUUGCUGCCAUUUCAACUACUGGCUCAGGGGAAUUUCUUCUUCGAUGCACACUUGCCAGUCAUUCGAUGUACAUGAUGCAGAGUGGCAAAACUCCAACAGAGUCUGUCUUUGCUGCAUUGGACAACAUGGAUAAACGGAUUGGGGGCAAAGGCGGCAUGAUUGUUUUGGACUGCGAGGGAAACGCUGCUAUUGCACACAGCACCCCGCACAUGCCAUGGGCUCAGCGCAGAGAAGAUGUGACAGCAUUUGGUGUCUAUCCUGGGGAUGCUAUGGCUGAAGUGUACUCUACUGAAGGCAUGAAAAUAGUUGAGGCUCCUGGAGUAGCCUGUAAACAAUAUUCUGGCUCAAAUGUAACCUCCUAUGGUAUAGGACAAGAUAGUCUUGUGGCUGGGAUGGAUUUUUAGAAGUCUAUUGAGAUAACCAAGGGGUAUAUUUUGCACAUUUAAGACAACAGGUUGUUAACAAUUUCUUUUGAUGCAUAAAGCAGUGCUGUUGUGUCCAUAGCUACCAGGGGUCCUGCCCCCCAGUAAACAAAACAAAAAAAUAGGUACAGCAGUCUUCUGUGCUUUGACUAAGUUGGUAAAAUAAUCGUGUCAAUCGUUGACGUGUUGCAUGUAAUUCUACAUCCAUGAUGGAAAACAGCAAACUCCAGCCAGUUGCCACUAAAAUGCUCCUAAAUGGGAGCCCGAGAUUUCUAUGAACUGAUAGUUGGACUUUAGCUCAAAACGCACGCGUUUACGCUAUGAGCUGAUAGAUAGCGAGUAGGUAGGCCAAACAGCCCGCACCAUUCCCAGUAGAUCACUUGUUUGAAUCAAAUGAUAUCUUUGAUAUCAUCAAGUAAAGCACAUACGCCCUUUAAAAACAUAUCUAUUUGCUAAUUAGAUGCUUCUUUCCUGUUUCGACUCAGUAUAGCAUGCACACAUGCUUUAGUGUUGCGAGAGAGGAUUUGGUUAAAGCGCACGGUCAAAGAUAUUAUAAAGAGCAAGACAGUUUAUUUAUUUCACGAAUUUAUUUCUUAAAACGAAUAUAUUUCUUAACAUGUGAACGAGAUAACUUGUGAGCCUAUUCGUAGAUCAGGGUUUGUACAAUUUUUCACAAAUCAAAUUCAAGUACUUUCAAAGACUUUUUCAAUGACUUUCUGUAGAAAUUCAAGUAGUUUAAAAACGAUAAAACCACAUAGACAAUAUACGGUCAAUAAUGUUUUAGAGUCACCAACUUUGCUGAAGCUCGUUUUAAUUGUACAUGACUCAUACCUUACAUUUAAGGCAAAAAAUUAUGCAUUUAUGAUUCACUGGUGAGCAACAUGCAUUCAUGAUUAACUGGUAGCAAAUGCUACUAAAACAGUGAUUUCACGCAAACUAGACUGAUUUCAAGCGAAACGCUUAAAUGACUACAAUAUUUCAACUUUUUGCGAGAAAUUUCUUCCACGUCUUUUAAAGCCCAAGUCCACCGAUAUCUGUAAUGUGAUCAUGAACAACUCUUUGGGCAAUAAAGCUUCUUUCCUU